AUGACGGAGCAACAAAUGGACUGUGCUUUAGAUUUAAUGCGGCGGUUACCUCCUCAACAAAUAGAAAAGAAUUUGACAGAUUUAAUUGACCUAGUCCCGAGUCUUUGCGAAGAUCUUCUGUCGUCUGUAGACCAACCUUUAAAAAUUGCUCAAGAUCGCAGCAACGGAAAGGAUUAUCUUCUUUGCGAUUACAACCGUGAUGGUGACUCAUACCGGUCACCUUGGUCUAACACUUAUGAUCCACCACUUGAAGAUGGUUCUAUGCCCUCAGAGAGAUUGAGAAAAUUAGAAAUUGAUGCUAAUCAUGCAUUUGAUCAAUAUCGUGAAAUGUACUUUGAAGGUGGAGUUAGCUCUGUUUAUUUGUGGGACAUGGAUCAUGGCUUUGCAGGUGUGAUUCUUAUAAAAAAAGCUGGUGAUGGCUCUCAAAAGAUAAAAGGUUGUUGGGACUCCAUUCAUGUUGUAGAAGUUGUGGAGAAAAGCUCAGGUCGGAAUGCACAUUACAAGUUGACCUCUACAGCAAUGUUGUGGCUGCAGACUAAUAAAGAAGGCAGUGGCACUAUGAACCUGGGGGGAAGUUUGACUAGACAGGCGGAACAAGACUCUGCUGUGAGUGAUGUAACACCUCAUAUUGCUAACAUUGGGCGCAUGGUCGAAGACAUGGAGAACAAGAUCAGGAAUACUCUCAAUGACAUUUAUUUUGGCAAGACAAAAGAUAUUGUGAACGGCCUUCGAGGUCUUAUUGCAUACAGAUGA